AUGACCCUUACAACAAGCCCCAAAGUCGACCCCAUCGUUGUCGACGGGACAUCGUUCGCCCUGAACGGCAAGAAUGUCUCCUACCGCUUCCAUGUCGAUUCAGUGACUGGGGACCUUCUUCUGGACCAUUUCGGCUCCCGCGUGACAGAAAACCCCAUCGCCCAGAUCCAAUCCAACGGAGGAGGUUGGUCCACGCAGGCCCAUCUUCGCCGUGAGUUUCCAGACCUCGGCAGAGGAGACUUUCGCACCCCUGCUGUGCACAUCAAGCACGCAAAGGGCUUCACGGUCUGUGAUUUCAAGUACAAGUCAUACACAAUCUCCAAGGGCAAGCCUGCUUUGGAGAAAUUGCCUUGUACGUUUGGCUCAGACGAUGAUGUUUCAACGCUUGUGAUUCAUCUGUGCGAUGAGCAGAGCUCUGUUGGCGCGGAUCUGUCUUACUCAAUCUUUCCCAACUCUGAUGCUAUUGUCAGAAAUGUUAGAGUUAUUAACAACAGUGAUGAUGUCAUUGUUGUUGAGAAACUGGCUAGCUUCAGCGUUGAUUUCCCCCACGACGAGUAUGAUAUGUUGCACCUCCGGGGAGAAUGGACAAGGGAAUGCAGCAGGACUCGCCGAAAGGUUGAGUAUGGAGCACAAGGAUUUGGGAGCACAACUGGUUACUCGUCUCAUUACCACAACCCAUUCUUGUCUUUGGUCAGCCCAACCACAACCGAGUCUCACGGCGACGCUUGGGGCUUCUCUCUCGUCUACACCGGUUCUUUCAACGUCGAAGUUGAAAAGAGUCACCAAGGAUUAACCCGAGCAGUCAUUGGCAUCAACCCAUGCCAACUCUCCUGGCCAUUGCGUUCCGGCGAGACUCUCCAAUCACCAGAAUGUGUUUCCAUCUUUUCCGAUCUCGGCAUCGGCGAAAUGUCACGAAAGUUCCACCGUCUCUAUCGUCGCAACCUCAUCAGAAGCAAAUUCGUUACAGAAACUCGCCCGGUCCUGCUCAACAGCUGGGAAGGUCUCUACUUCAACUUUGACCAAAAGACGAUUUACAAGCUCGCUCAAGAGUCUGCUAAAUUAGGCGCCAAGCUCUUUGUGCUUGACGAUGGCUGGUUUGGUGAUAAACACCCUCGUAUCAACGACCACGCUGGAUUGGGCGACUGGGUCGUAAAUCCCAAGAGAUUCCCCGACGGCUUGGGUCCUCUUGUUGAGAGUGUCAACAAGCUCAAGGCUGCUGGGUCGGAGGAGAACCUUCAAUUUGGCAUUUGGGUCGAGCCUGAGAUGGUCAACCAGAAAUCCGAGCUUUAUGAACAGCACCCCGAGUGGGUUUUGAGCGCAGGUACCUACACACGCAGCGAGACUCGUCAACAGCUUGUCCUCAACGUAGCACUUCCCGAGGUGCAGGACUACAUCAUCGACUCAGUGGCCAAGAUCCUGGAUUCAGCACCCAUCACUUACGUCAAGUGGGACAAUAACAGAGCCAUGCAUGAAAGCCCAACACCUGGUAAUCAACACGCUUACAUGCUUGGUAUCUACCAUGUCUUUGACGUGCUGACGACUCGUUUUCCUCAUGUCCUCUGGGAAGGCUGUGCUUCCGGCGGCGGUCGAUUCGAUCCUGGUAUCCUGCAAUAUUUCCCACAGGUCUGGACAUCAGACAACAUGGAUGCCUACGACCGCGUUCACAUUCAGUUUGGUACAUCGUUGGUGUACCCGCCGUCAACCAUGGGAGCGCAUGUGUGUUCUUCCCCGAAUGAUGUAACAGGUCGUUCCAUCCCAAUGCGCUUCCGAGCUCAUGUCGCUAUGAUGGGAGGCUCUUUUGGAUUCGAACUUGACCCAGACCAUACACCCGAGGAAGACAAGAAGCAGAUUCCAGAACUCAUUGCACUGGCUGAAAGGAUCAACCCUAUUAUCAUCAGUGGUGACAUGUGGCGUCUUGUGCUGCCUGAAAAGUCCAACUUCCCUGCAGCAAUUUUUGUUUCGGAAGAUGGAAGCGAAGCUGUCCUCUUUGCCUUCCAGUUGAUGUCAACUACCGUUUCCAACUUCCCUCUGCUUCGCCUUGCAGGCCUUGACCCGAAUGCGAGGUACAAGCUCGAUGGUGGUGAUAUUUAUUCUGGUGCAACAUUGAUGAAUGGCGGUAUCCAGUAUCGAUUCGGUACUGACUACGAUAGCAAGGUGGUUCUUCUGGAGCGGGUGUAG